CCGAGCGCCAUCACUUUCAUGCCAAUUCAUAAACUUUUUUGAAGGAUGUGAUGAAGCUGCCAUUGUCCUACUGUAAUCACUGACCUAACGUCCAUACCAACAUAAUAUUGGGAGCUGCAACCCAGAAUGGCAGUGCCAGGUGGCCGUGUCGGGGUACCUGGGGGUCUCCAGGACCUAGGCACCAUUGACUGGGGAGGAAACGAUGUCCCGGAGCAGCCUACAUCAACAGAGGGUCUGAGGCAGCAGCAACGGCAACUCAUCAGAGAGCAGGACGAGGGUUUGGACGUGCUGGCCUCGGUAAUAUCCCGACAAAGGCAGAUGGCCGGCGCCAUCGGAGCGGAGAUCGAGGAACAAAGCGCACUGAUUGACGACAUCUCCGAUCUGGCGGAGCGAGGAGCCGCACGGAUCGAACACCAGACUCGCCAGGUGCGCCGCGUCGACCGGAAAGAGUCCGGCACAUGCUGGUACUGGGUGGUCAUAAUCGCUCUCAUGAUAGCCAUCGUGGUCAUCUUCCUGUGGUGACCUCCCGCCAACGGUCACGUGACUUCUGAGUGGCCAGGUGGACUGUGGCUGAUGAGGUCACGUGACUUAGUUGGUCGAGUGGGCAGUGGCUGGACGGGACGUGACAUUUCACGAUUGGUCGCGUUUAAGUGGUACUGUUGGCUCCAGUGAAUGGAUGCAAACGACAUAUCGACACCUUUUUUUUAAACCCCACAUCUGCUGCUCUCCCGUGAAUUUCCGGGAGGCACGAAAGAUCUCCUUUUAAAAGUGUCUAAUCGUCCGAUCCUGAUCAAAUAUGUGUGUUCGUAGGCCUGUUCUGGUAUUGCUUUAUCUGCCAAGACAGACAAACUUGAGAAAAAUCGUGUGAUUGUACCUUUUUUGAAGGUCUCUAACCAGUAACCAACUUGUCUGAAAUUCACCGGAGAACAAAUGUGGGGUUUAAAAAAAGGUGUCGAUAUGUGCUGCUAAAGGAUGCACCUCGUCUCAAACUAGUUGGCCCUACAACCUGUGAAAACUCAGUAGCGAACAACUUGUUCGAAGGUUGAUCACUUUGGCGCUGCGUUUCAUAUCACCUGAUCUCUCCUCGUCCCACACCCACGUUGUAACUGAUGGCUAAUGGAUGGUCGGGCUGAAGUGUGCUGUAUGCGCCAAAAGGAAAUGUCCUUUCAUGACGUCAUUGUGAUAAUCUUGUGACGUCAUUGAGAUAACGUAUUCUUAUCGUUUGUAACGGGUGGUAAUAUUGAUGUGUUCCCUGGGCAUGUAUGUGAAUGAGAGCUGUAGAACGCAAAUGAGCACGAAGUCUACACGCUUCUGACUGGUAUAGACCAAAAGGAAUGUGCUUGAAUGUCGAUCGUAAUCGUAUGCGUGUAAUGGUAUCGUGUAGUGAUGUCAGUUACGGAAAAUCGAAAUACCGAUACCAAACCAAAUACCAAUCAAAACCGUGGAGAAAUACCGAAACCAAACCAACUUGGAAACAUGAGGAAAAUACCAACUUUUUACCGAUUUCUUAGCCUCUUAAGCAUUAGCGAGGGUCCAUGAUACCAACAAAAUACCAAACACAUUAGGACUGAAAUACCAAAUACCGAGUUGGUAUCGGUUUGGUAUCGGUAUACCAACAAGUUGGUAUCCGAUUGACAUCUCUAGUAUCGUGUGUCGAUGGGUACUUUGUGAAUAUUUUUGUACUUGUAUCGAUAUGGUUAUUGUGACAUAUAAACAAGGGGGCCUUCCCGGUAUUGUGUCGUGUAACAUCAUGCUGCUGUGUAUCGCAAUAUAUUUUAGAACUUGUC